AUUAGGCUUCUGGGAAUGUCCUGUGGAAAUCCCGGAGCAGCGCAUCGCGGGGAGCCCUGCCCCGCAGCCAGGCAGGCCGCGAUUGGUCCCGGCAGACCACGCCCCUUCCCUGGGCGGGGUCACGGGCCGAGGCAGGGGCGUCUCUGCAGGCCCAGUCCCAGCGCCCCUGCUCCCGCCGUCGGGUUCUCACCUCGCAAUGGUUCGCCUGCCUCUGCAGUGUUUCCUCUGGGCCUGCUCUUUGACCGCGGAGAGAAAUUGGUGAAUGACUGCACGAAGAUCACUGACACAGAAUGCCUCCCUUGCAGUAAAGGCGAAUUCGUAGACACCUGGAACAGAGAGACACACUGUCACCAGCACAAAUACUGUGACCCCAACCUAGGGCUACAAGUUCAGAUGGAGGGCACUUUGCAGACGGACACCAUUUGCACAUGUGAUGAAGGCCACCACUGUACCAACAAUGCCUGUGAGAGCUGCACCCUGCACAGUCUGUGCCCCCCUGGCCUGGGGGUCAAACAGAUGGCUACAGGGGUUUCUGAUACCAUCUGCGAACCCUGCCCAGUCGGCUACUUCUCCAAUAUAUCAUCUGCUUUUGAAAAGUGUCACCCUUGGACAAGCUGUGAGAUGAAAAACCUGGUGCAGCUACAGCCAGGGACUGACAAGACAGAUGCCGUCUGUGGUUUCCGGGAUCGGAUGAGGGCUCUGGUGGUGAUCCCUGUUGCCAUGGGGGUCCUGUUUGCUGUCCUGUUGGUGUCUGCCUGUAUUGGAAGGGUGGCCAAGAAGCCACAGAAUAAGGCGCGGCACCCUAAAUUUGUAUGGCAGGGUCCUAUGGAGACAACUUAUGUAGAGGAAGUUCCUGUCCAAACCGACUCCAGUGGCCCCGUGCAGGAGACCUUACAUGGAUGCCAGCCCGUCACCCAGGAGGACGGCAAAGAGAGCCGCAUCUCGGUGCAGGAGAGACAGUGAGGCUGUGUGUGCCUGGGAACAUGGCAGCACGGGCAAAUGGCAUGUGGCCGGAGAGCCUGGAGCUGCUACCCCUGUGGUAGCAUGAGGGCACGGGGCAUGGCCCUCACCCGCCUGCACUCCUGCAGUUCAGAAACAGUUCAUCUCAAAGAACUUUUCACCCAGCCCUGGAGCCCACUCGGUCUUCAAACUUACUUUUAAAGAUGGGGGCAAAACUUUUCUGGGGGCCACAUAGUAAUACCACUGAACCCUCCAGCCCAGAAGUCCAGUGCCCAGAGAUGUAUCCUGGUGGUUUCUGUGCACAUGGAUAUCCACUGCAACAUUGCUUGUGAUAGUGAACUAUGGGGAGCCACUUAGCUGUCCGUCAACAGGAGAGUGGCUAAAUAAAAUUGUGAUAUAUUUAUA